GUUUCAGGAAGUGGUUUUAAAUACCAGGAAGUUAUAAACAAAGCUGCCAGCUAUUUCAUUUAGCUGUUUAUACCGCCGUACGGACGCGGAACUGCGCGUGUAAACAAUCGUGUUACUCGCCGUUUCUGGGUGACUUUUUAAUCAUUUAGCCGACUGAUUUCUUCGCGUGACGUUAAAAUAUUAAUUCCGAUUUCUUCUCCAGUGUUUACCGAGUUGUGAAGCUAACAUUAGCUUGCGAUUGACCGACGACGCUCACUGUCGUCUGUAAACAGAGAGAGAAAAAAUCCACUCCCGUCAUUUACGUGAAUGUAGAGAAGACGACGUCAGUGUAGAGUGCGUUUUCUAUUGUAAUUACCAGGCGGCGUGAAACGCAAACGCCAGAGCGUCACUCCAAAACAGGAAAACGAUGUCGACGUCCAACGCUAAUUUUAAAAACAAAUGUGUCGCCCAGGUCAACUGCAUAUUUUGUGACAGCGUGCUCUGCAUGAGAGGCAUGAAAGCAGUGCUUCUUGCAGACACCGAGGUUGAGCUGUUUUCUACUGAUAUACCUCCAAAUAGAACCGUUGACUUUGUGGCCAGCUGCUACUCGACUGAAAGCUGCAAGUGCAAAUUGAGAGACAUUGCAUGUCUCAAAUGUGGUAACGUAGUAGGGUAUCAUGUUGUGGCCCCCUGUAAACCCUGCCUGCUCUCCUGUAAUAACGGACACUUCUGGAUGUUCAACAGUGAUGCCGUCUCCACGCUGAACAGAUUGGAUUCAACAGGUCUCAAUUUGCUGCUGUGGGGAGAUCUGCCCGAGCUGGACGACAGCGAAGACGAGGAACCCGAAAGCCCAUCAGAGGAGGAGUGCAUCAGGUAAAGAUUGACAUGGAUGACCAGAGAGGCUUUGCAGCAGCCAUCUGUCAAGUGAUGAAACUGGAUGAGGAGGAGACCUUAAAGUGUAGUUUAUUCUGAAACACUUGGGUCAAGAAGUUGCUCCUUUGUUUAGGCCUCGUAAGGCCUGAAGCCACACCCUUAUCUGUGAUGUCACAGCAGGUGUUAUGUCUUGGACAGCUGGUAGAACACCUGCUCUGACUCACGGUGGGAUUCUUAGGGCCUGAAGUGAGGCUCGCUCUCAAAAGAUUUGACCCCAGAAAACGGCAACAGUUGUGUUUGUCUCUAUGAAAGAUGAAGACUUUUUAAAAACAUGAAUUCUACAUGUCCUUUUGGGUUGUGGUGAUAAGCACUUGAAAGACUAGAUGAUAGUGCAAAUAAAAAAAAAAAUGCAUCUGUAUAUUUUAAAGUGAACUCCACUGUAGGCUAACAAAAAAAAGUUGACUAUUUUUUUAACCAUUGACCAUGCUUUUCAUAAGAGAAGACCAGAGGUGGGUAGUAACGCGUUACAUUUCUUACGAGUAGUUUUACCAUGUUAUACUUUUUACUUGAGUAGAUUUGUGAAGAAGAAACGCUACUCUCACUCCGCUACUUUAGGCUACACUAGUCCUUGCAUUUCUCCUUUUUAUUCUGCAUAGUAGAUUUGACUUUAUUUUUGCUAGCACAGUAGCUCUACCAGUUUCACCAAUGAGAUGUAGCAACAAUAAUCACGUGACUCCAUGAUACCAAUCAGACAUAAUACAGUCACGUGACCACACACCAGUGUUGUUUUUGUCUACGACGACUGUAACGAAAAUAUUUUGUCGGUGAACAAUUUUUUCAUGACGAUGACGAGACAAUAAUGAGCUAAAAACCUUUAUUGGGAGACUAAAAAAUUACUACACGAAUGCCAGUUUUCGUCUGACGAGAGUGAGGUGAAAAUGCGCCAUCGUUUUUGUCACAUGUUCACAAUGUGUGUCUGGUUGUGUCACUCAUGUGACUUGCUGCGCCCCCCACAAUUCACCCACUAGUGUCCUUUCCAUUCUUCCCAUUGCCGGUUUUGAGAUACACACGCUAAGAUUGGUCUUUUGAGAGAAUAUGCAAUGUUGCAUUAGCUUUUAAAGGUCUGUGCUGAGUGAUCAUCAUGCACUAAAUGUAACUCGUAGCGUUAGCACAGCAUUCGCGUUAGCGUCAGGCUAUUGCUAACGGCGAGUGUCCGCUGAAGCCCUCUGUGGUGAGUGAUAAUCACACAUGAAAUGUAACUCGUAGCUUUAGCAUAGGAUUCGCGUUAGCAUCUGGCUAUUGCUAACGGCGAGCGUCCUCUUAAACUCAGACAACUUUUUUACAUACAGUUCGUGGUGUCCUGGUGGGUGUAAAUUUUUUUUUUUUUUUCAUUUUACGGACGAAAACAUUUUUAUUAAACGUCGACUAAAACCAUAAGCGGGGUUUGGGGGGGGGGGGGGGGGCAGGCCCCCCUGGUGGCCGAGAAGUGUCAUUACAUGUAAUUGACUUUCCUAUAUGUAUACAUAAGCUGUAAAGCAAGAAAACAACAAAAAUGAAUGAAAUGAACAAAAAAUUAUAUUUUUAUAAUGGGUCAAAAUCAUUUUUCGAACAGAUCAUGUGACUAGCACCUUAGACGGUCAUUUGCUUUGCAUAUUAUUGAUAAAAAUAAAAAAAGGGGGAUGGCAAUUUCAUUUUUCUAAUGAUUUUUUUCUUUGAUUGAAAAUAUUUUUUUAAUGAUUAAAGCAACUUUUUGGGGGAUUGAAUGAUUUAUACACAAAUGCCCUACCUAUAAUAUGGCCCAAACACAAAAAGGAUAGCUAAAAUCAAAACUUUUUUUUAAAUGAAAAAUUAAGUGUUCAAAUGCUAAUUUUUGAGUCUCAAAUAUUUUUUCGCAUUCAAAAACUUUGUUUCUAUGAUUGAAUUUUUUUUUGGGAUUGUUUUUCCUUUUGAAAAUAUAUUUUUUUGUGUGUGAAGCAACUUAUUCUUUGAUUGAAUAAUAAAUACACAAAUGCCCUAGCCAAAAUGCAGCCCACACACAAAACAACUUUACUUCAAUCAAAAAGGUUGCUUCAAUCAAAAAAAAAAAAAAAAAAAAAAAAAUCAAAUAAAAAUAGCUUUCAAAUGCAUUUUUUUGAAUUUCAAAUUUAUUUUUGCAUUCAAACACAUUUUUUUUUGAUUGAAGCAUUUUUUUUUUGUUUGUUUUUUGGAUCGAAUAUUGAAGACACAAAUCUACCUCAAUAUGGCUCCGCCCAGGGGAUACAAUUUUUUACUGAGGUAACUACAUUGGCACGACACCGGCAGGCGUACCAUAUUCAAUGGAUGAUGAUCUUGGUGAAAACUAUAGCUGUCCUGCCAGCAGCCUGAUUUAGAAUUCCCCUCAAGAAUGAUGGGAAAUUAAAAAAAAAAAAAAACAUUUUCAACUUGUAAAUUUAUUUUAUUGCUGUCACUGCGUUUUGGGGUCAUCAACAUAUUGUGCCCCCCCUGCCUCAAAUGUCAAACUCCGCCUAUGACUAAAGCUGGACAAAAUUAGUCUUGAGUUUUCGUCAACAAAAACUAGACGGAGACAAACACAUUUUGAGAUGACUAAAAUAUGACUAAGACUAAUAAGGAUUGUCAUCCAAAAGACUAAGAUGAAACAACACUGCCAUAUACAAUAUGAUCAUUUUCAUUUCAUGGUAGUAUUUUUUUUAAUCCACUAGAGCAAGGGUCCCCAAACUACAGCCCGCCUCCACAUUUGGUCCGGCCCCCUGAACAAAUUAUUAUUAUUUUUUUUUCAAUAGUGUUAUUUAUUUCCUGGCUUUUUUUCUGUGAAGAACUCAGAGAGGGUUAUUUGGUUAUUAUCUAUUUAAUUAGUAGUGUUAUAUUAUAUUAUAUUAUAUUUUGGGCUGUCGAACGAUUAAAUUAAUCACGUUAAAAUCAGCGUUAAUCACAGCUUAAAAAUCAAUCAUAAUUAAUCACAAUUCAAACCAUCUCUAAAAUACGCCAUAUUUUUCUGUAAAUUAUUGUUGGAAUGGAAAGAUAAGACAAGACUGAUAUAUACAUUCAACAUACUGUACAUAAGUACUGUAUUUGUUUAUUAUCAUAAUAAAUCAACAAGAUGGCAUUAACAUGGUUAACAUUAUGUUAAAGUGAUCCAUGGACAGAAAGACUUGUUGUACAUAAAAGAUAAAUGUUAGUACAAGUUAUAGAAAUGUUAUAUUAAAACCCCUCUAAAUGGUUUCGUUUUAUUAAAGUUUGUAAAAUUUU